AUGGACAAAUAUCCGCGCGGUAGCCUCGACCACAACUUGCCUCUCCUUGUUGUGUCAGGCCUCAGUACUGGCCCGACCAAACCACUCCUCACGGACCCGGACCUCCGAGAGCAGGGGGUGUUGAUACGAUCAGAGAUCCCUCCCGUGGAGAGCCGCGAGGCAAAGACAAUACUUCAGUAUGUUCAAGAGACGGACGCGACACACCUGCCCUGGCACUCGCGGGAUGUUUCGAGGAAGCAUAAGUUCAAGAUCAGGACCAUAGGAAGGGAGUUCCUUUUGCCACCGCGCAAUGCCCGCCUGCCUGACGAGUUCGAAACUCCCCUAUCUCCUCCGGUGCUACAUUCGCCCUUUUCGCCUCUCAGCCCAGGAUCUACCCUCUAUCCAGAUGGGUUGAUCGAUACUCGUUGGCUUGAGAAGCACCAGGACUUGAUACCGAGCGUUUGUCUCUGCUUCUACAGUCUAACAUCAGAUUCGAGUCUCGCAACAUUGCAUGACAACCAACUUAAAACAGAUAUAAAUGCUCUCAAAAAUGCUCUCUCCCAGUCAGGACACAAGUGCCGCUUGGCUGUCGUUAUUCUUAGCGACCAGUCUCCUAGCUCUAUGGAUGUGUUUCAAGACCGGUUGGAGAAUAUUCGCAAAAGCACUGCUCUAGACCCCAAAACAUCACUUUUCGUGCUGCCUACCCAACGCGCCGAGACAGAGCUGGAAUCAGCAAUAGACAGCGUCUUGACUGCGCUUUUUUCUCAGGCGACCGAAUAUUAUCGAGACCUGGGCCGCCACUCGCGAAAGAAGAAAGGUCGGGGUAUUGCUCCGCAGCCGACAAUACCUCCAACCAGUGGAACCUCCCAUACCUUGUCACUUCAAGGGUGGAACGUCCGAUAUGACUUCAAAGCAGCCGUGUUUUCUGAGUUUCGUCAGGAGAUGGAAGUUGCGCAGCGCUCAUACGAACAAGCCUACGAAACGCUCCUAGGGGUCGAUGUCAUGGAGACCAUCCCAAGCUGGAGUUCAAGAUUCAACGAUGCUCGACUGCUGGCAGACAUAAUAGCAAUUCGUAUUUUAAGAUGUUUUCUGUGGACAGGGCAAAGCACGGCUGCCGUGCGCCGGUGGCGAGCGCAUCGGUUAAGGAUGGCUGACUUCAUAGACAGAAGAGGUCGGGGGACGCAAAACUAUGGCUGGCAGGCAUGGGAAGCUCGAUGGGCAGAAACCAUGGCCAAUCUGAUUGCUAAGGUUGACUAUCCCGAAUUGGACCCCUCAAAUCAGUCGCUCUUCCGACCGCCUGAAAAGGUCUUGUCCGCCGAACGGCUUCAACCUUGGGAGCAGCUACAUCACCAAGGAUAUUGGUACCGCACGGCUGCUCGACAUUCACUGGAUCGAAGGAAAUUAGCCUACCUAAUUCCAGAGGACGACCGCCGACCUGUUGGUGCGUCUGCUACGUCUCCGUCAAUGAUCAAGGCUUACACAUCUUAUGACACUUACAUGUGUCCGGAACCAUAUGAGGAAUACCCCUUAAAUGGUCACGGCACGAACCAUUCCUUGCAGAUAAUUGAAUACCUCAACUUUGCAAAGGCUGAGUUUCAAAAACGGCAUCAACCCCGCCUGGUAGCGGAAGUUGCGCUUGAAUGUUCCAAAGAACUAGAGAGCAUCAAAGCAUGGCAGCCGUUGCUUGAGUUACUUGCACCACUAUGGAGGGAUAUGUCGUUCCGAGCAGAAGGUUGGUGGGAUAUCAAUGAGGCUAUGAGCUGGGCAUUACGAGCUGGUGCGGCUCACAUGGGCAAUGCCGGCUUGGUGGUCGCAAUUGACUGGGAACUUCUCAAUAAAAAGUUCACGAGACGGCCUGGCUGGCAUUACGAUAUAAAAAGGUCCCUCGAUCAUGUGCAGGUUGACCGAACACCCGAGGUUGUCAUCAACGAUGAUCAAAUUUCGUCAUUUAUCUCGGCAUCCUUCGUUUUCAAACAGGACGAAGGAAGGGCUGGUCAAACGUGCCCCGCGCAGCUCUCGAUCAACUCAAAUGCGUUUGCUGAAAGUUCACCAGUUGUGUUGGAAGAAAUCCAAAUCGACUUUGAAGGCAGCUUACGUACGAUUCGUCUCAAGCAUCAAGCAAAUUCUAAGUCGGUAACAUCCUCGGCCAAAAAUGUCUACGUGACCACCAUUCCUUUGGUGGAGACAGAAAUAUCUACAGACGAUGCCUCAGACGAAGAAGACUCUGAUGAAGACUCCAACGAAGAUGACUCUGAUGAUGCUUCACAACCACCUCAGUCGGUUAUAUUGGAAGGCGAAAGUGACUUGAGUCUGCUCCCUGGCCACACUAGAGUAUUCGAAAUGAACCUGCCGCUGAGGGAGGCUGGCAACGCGCGAGCCUCGGCAGUUCAAGUGUCAGUGGCUCCAGAAACAUUUACUCUCAAGUACACCAUGAAGGUACGCGAAACCAACACUGUGGGCUCGUGGUACACAAUCGAUGGGAGAAAGAAGAUCACACGAGUGAACCCACAGAGCAUCAAAGUCCUUCCGCGGCCGCCCAAGAUGGAGAUCCGGUUCGUCAACGCACUCAAACAGUACUACGCGGGCGAGCCCAUCCAAGUUGAGGUUGAAAUGGUCAAUGAAGAGGACGUCGAUGCGAAUACCAAGCUUGACGUCCAUCUGUACGGGCUCGAUGUGCCUGCCUUCAAAGUACACGUCACAGGUGGUGCUGUACGUUCAAGUGUUGCGAGCGGCGAGGAAGCCAAGCUGAAUGGCAUGCCUGUCGGUACUAUUUCGCAGUCACAGUCGGAGAAAGCCACCAUUACGGUUGAUCCCGUCAACCGGCCGACUGCAUAUGACCUGACCAUCAAAGCGUGGUAUAACCUGGUCUCGGAUCCAGGAACCCCGAUUGUUCAGAUUGUGGCCUUCCAGCUCAAUAUCGUCAACCCUUUCGAAGCCAGCUAUGAUCUGGUACCGCGCUUACACGAUGAAAUUUGGCCAAGUCUGUUUGAUCAUGAGGGCGUCCAAGAGCUCGCAGGUGAAGACGAUGGCAUUAUUCAACCCCAAGGCCUGGCGCAGAAGUGGUGUCUCAUUACCCGGUUCGGCUCCUUCGCCGCAGAAGACUUAACCAUCCUUGACCUCGAUGUUAAGGUCCUAUCGACCCAUGGCUCUGCGAGGUGCGUGGCCUCCAAGAACCAAGCCAUUCCCCCAAACGGGCUGAAGAUGGCCCCGAAGACGAUGGAGGAAGCCCAUUUCGACGUCGUCGCGCAGAAGUUGAGUCUCGACGACCGUGCUUCUUCCACGGCGGACCUGGCGUUUUCCAUUACAUGGCAGCGCAGCUCAAAUUGCGCAACAACCACCAAUUCGCCUUCAAUGCCCAACAUCACCACCUUCCUCAUUGACCCUUUCUACGUUACGGUCUCCGAACCCCGUGUUUUGGCCUCGGUUUCAUACUCCACUACCUCGCCUGGCAGCCCUUCAUCACAUCCAUCAUCUGCGCCGCUGCAGCUCUUAGUGCUGAACGUCACUAUAGAGAAUCCAUCUUCACACUUCCUGACUUUCGGUCUGACCAUGGAGCCGUCGGACGCAUUCGCAUUCUCUGGCGCUAAGACCACGACGCUCAACGUGCUGCCCUUGGCAAGACGUAGCAUCACUUACAGGCUGCUGCCGCUGGUUCGGGGUGCAUGGAUCAGGCCGACUUUAGUAGUAAGAGACAAGUACUUUCAAAAGGUUUUAAAGAUCAUCCCGACGGAAGGAAUGAAAAGGGACGUUGAAGGUAUACUGGUCUGGGUUCCGGAAGAAGCGGAGCUUCAAUCGAAGGACAGGAUGAAAAAGCCACAGGAUAUCGAAGGCCCAGGGGAUCCGAGCGAAGGCAACGAAACUUCAGGAAAUGAGGAGGUCGAGGUUUAA